AUGUUCCGCACCGCCCUCCAGACUGUCCGCCCCCAGGCUCGCGCCUUCUCUGCCUCGGCUCUCCGCGCCGCCGGCUCUGUCAACUACAACGAUGUCAAGCCCCUCACCAAGCAGCCCACUGACGACGUGACGAUCAUCGACGUCCGUGACCCCAAGGAGGUCGAGAACGGCUCCAUCCCCUCGGCCGUCAACGUCCCUCUUAACCGCCUCGCCGACGUCCUCGCCGAGACCUACCCCGACGGCGCUUUCCAGAAGGAGUUCGCCUUCCCCCGACCCUCGAAGAACCAGAAGAUGAUCUUCUACGACCGCGACGGCAAGAACCUCCAGAAGGCUGCCGACAUUGCCGAGAAGGCUGGCUACAAGAACGUCAAGAACUACGAGGGCGCCUGGCAGGACUGGCAGGACAAGGAGGCCAAGUCCAAGAAUACAGCUGACUUUCCACCCGCCCUCGACAUUGCAAGCAUGCUGUCACGUGAGAUCCACGCGAGAUUGCCUCCGCGACCCGAUCGCCUGAAACCACCCUCUCCGAAAUGUCCACUUUUCGGCGCCGCUCACGAGAAUCCGGCUCACCUAGCACCUCCUCACCACCUCGACCCCGAGCAAACGACAAUGGGCAACAAGGCGUGGAUCCUGCGCGACAUCAACAAGCGUAUUGCGGCGACGCAGGUCGAGGCGCAGCGUAACGCCUACCUCGCCGUUGCGCGCAACACGACGCUCCCCGCGCAGACGCGGCACAAGGCCCAGCUCGCGCUCAACCAGUACAACGACGGCAAGGGACGCAUGGUCUCGAUUCGCAACCGUUGCAUGUGGACUGGAAGGGGUGGUGGUGAGUGUUACUUUGCUGCUGUGGACGCUGCAGUCCUCUGCGGACGAUGGGAAGUGGAGACUGGACCGUUGGCUGGUCUUUGGCGUGCUGCAGAGGAAGCCUGGCGACUCGCAGCUACUUCAGAGAGACGGGAAGCUGACAAACAAGGUGUCCUUAACAACUUUGCCCAGUGCCGAUUCCAGUUCCGCAAGAACGCGCUCGCGGGCAACAUCCCCGGCAUGCAGAAGGGAUCGUGGUAA